AGUCGUCAGCUGAAUCAGCACGGUGGUGACGGUGGGGAAUCAGCGGAAUGGGUUCAAGAACGGGGUUAACACGGGCAGUAGUACGAUCAACUUUGGUCUACACGAAAAAAUACGGGUCGCUUUGACACCCGCAGAGUUUCGCUAUACGCGGGAACAAACAAGAAACAAAUCUUUUAAAUCUAGGUCACUCAAAUUAAGCAACCGUAAGUCCAGAGACACUAUCCCUCCUCCUCCGUCUCGAGACAUUUUUCCUCAUUGAAUCGUAAUGCUGAUCGAAUCACCGUCUUGUCAACGUCAUCCAGUCACCAGGGCAGCGGCGACCGUGAUGCAGGGAUUCUGAUGUCGGCUCGGUGACAGGAAGCGCCUCAUCCGAAUCGAGCGGAGUCAACAAGCCGUGAUGCAGACCGAAAUUCUCGCGAAAGGAAAGGCACAGCUCCAGUCUGCUUUGAGGUCAGAAGGCGACGGAAUGGAAGACGGCGGUACGACCACGAGUUUGGCCCCGCUGUGCCCCCCGUACUCUCCGCCCCCGUUGUCGUCGUUUCCCAAGGACAUCCCGGUCCCGGUCAAGCGGAGGGAGCCCAAGUUCGUACCGUACGAGCCUUACAAGGCGGCCGUCACACCCAUUGUGCCUCCGUCAACCGCAAAGAAAGGCCACAGAACAAAGCUGGCUGCGCUCGAGAUUCCCUUUCCGCUGUUGAGGGACGGCUCAGCCGGGAAAAGAGGAAGCCAGCCAUCCCCGGUGAUAUCGGUGGUGCGCGAGGUCCCAGAGGGCACGGCCGCGGAGGGUUCGGUCCCGGAAGGGGAGACUGCGGCCCGCCUGGCCUCGCUCCAGAAGCAGCUGGAGGUGCUGACGGAACAGAAGAGGGAUGUGGAGGACCAGCUGAGGGUGCAGCUGCAGGUGAACACGGAGCUGAAGAAGCUGCUGGUGGCAUCCCUCGGUGAGGACAUGCAGGCCCGGGUGCAGUUCCUCAGUGAGGACAAGGCCAAGCUGGCCGAGGACAUCAGCUUCUACUCAGCCAAGCUGCAAGAAGGCAUGGAGGAGGUGGACCGCCUGUCCAUCCAGUCGGACGUCUGGCGCAGCAAGUUCCUCGCCAGCAGCCUGAUGAUUGACGAGCUGGCUGGCUGGAAGGCACGCCUGAUGCACCAGUGCGAGGACUUCCAGGAGUCGCUGCAGUGGAUCGCCAGCGAGCACCAGCACCUUGAGACCAACGUGGUCGCCACAUACAGACUGCUGUCGAAACUGCACGAGGUGCUGGCGACGACCGAGCCGAUGAAGAGCGGAGACGGACCGGCGUUCAAGCCGCCGGCCGAGGCCCCGCCCCAUGACCUGCUCCAGCUCUGUGCCGCCACCCAGCAGCUGGCGAGAGCCGCCUGCCAGGCGGUGCACGGCAGUGCCAACCUGAGGCUCCUGCCAGCUCCGAGCGUAGUUCCGACGCCGGCCGAGCGUUUUGCCCAGAAGGCGGAGGGAACCUUUGAGACUCUGAAGCGCUCCUUCUCGCCGGUGUCGACUUCAAACACCUCUCUCUCUCCCGGUAUGACUUUGGAGAAGUGUCACCACGUCAACGGUAAAACGACCCACGAAUGUGCCACGACGCUUGCCUGCUGCAGGCACUGUUCGGGUCACCUCGAGGAGGUCUGACGGCGGCUCCUCUCGUCCGCCGCUUCGAUUUUUAAAGAUGUUGGCCAAGUGUGCGUCCCACGCCUAAAACACUCGUCACACGAAAAGCCUGUGCGGCCUUUCGUGAAACAGGAACGACAUUUGCUCGAAGACUCUAACCGCAGUGAAAGGGACCUACAAGGCAACGUGAAGCAAGCUUGCGCCAGGGAGCUUCGUAGGUUACUGAUGAAAUUUUUAUGUCGUCGCUCUCCAGCUGUUUGCUUUUCCUCUCGUUUGCUUUUCCUGCCGUUUGUUUCUAGCCUCACACAUCUGCCUCUCUGUGGUUUCCACAUGUGUUACUUAACAUUGUACAUAUGUACAGUGACAGACUUCAGUCAUGUGUAAGCUACGAUAAUGGACAAAUCGACGACCAGCAUUUCACUGCGAUGAAAGUUUUGUGUGCAGUCCCAUUUUUGGUUUCGAGCGCAAAAUUGAAGGGGUGCAUGUUGGGGCAGCAUUAGUACCGUCUGCAUCAAUCUGCCCAUUGGAGAAAAACUCUUUGGCUUUGAAGCCAAACCAGUGGUCUCAAAAAAGUGUGAUGAAAUGGAAGGAUUGUUGUGUUCUUACUCGCUUUUCUUUCUCUUUUAUUAAUUCCACUCAGAGUUUGCACAAUGGAAGAUGUGUCAGGGAUUCAUUCACGCUUUGUGCAUGGAUUUCAUACUUGUUUAGACUCGUCGAAGGACUUCUCAGGCCUUGCAUGUUGCACAGUGAACUCUCCGACAAGUGAACGUGACUAUGGAGAUUUGCAGGUGUCACAUUGCCACAUAUAUUAACCUCUUUAUUUGACCGUCACUGCCGUUCUGAGAACUUCUUUAAAAGCUAGCACUUGCUCUACAAAGCUAGCAUAAUUUUGCCCUCUUCCCAAGGAAUGUGGACAAGGCAGUAAUUCUGGUAGUGAGUACACCUUAUGGCAGCCAGUGGCGGAUGUUAUCCGCUGAGUUACCACUCUCGAUUUCGCCAUACUCGAGCUAUCAUCUCGGCAGCACUGCAGUAUCUGUGCGGGUCACGGCGACAGAUCGACGUUGCCUCUUUGAAGGAACCUGCAAGGGGCCAAAGGAUCUCGAGGUUGUGCUUGCAGCUACUAUUUUGAGGUGAUUAACGAAAUAACUUGGUCUUUUUGAAUGCUAGCUGGUAACAUUGGGCAAACGGACCAACUGCAGCAAACUAGUUUAAUACUGGUGUCAAUACUUAAAUGCAUGCGUUUGCGCGUUUCGAUACUCCGUGCAGAGAAACAUUGUGCAGAAACGGGCAUGACUUCGAUAAUCGAUUGCUUCUAGGUAUGUAUGCUCACAUCGUGUCGUCAAACAAGUUACAUCGAGCCGAUUAACGGCGACUCAGCAUUGCAAGUAAUGACUCUUUGAGGGCAACUUAUAGGAUUUUGCUUGUACAACUCCGAAGGCUGGAACGCGGUGCAAGAAUGUGAAUUGCCCCGGGGCUCAUCUCAGAUGUGCGUACCAACCGUCUUUGCAUGAAGUAUGUCGGAACCAAGUGCCUUAUUUGUAAGCAUGCGCAGAGGCAUACCCCUUGGGUAGGAAGUCCUGCAGGCGCCUUGACUUACCGCCAGCAGCAUUGGGGGUCGGUUUUGGACAUUUUGCAGCAUUGUUAACAAGGUGAAAUGACCAUAAAUAAAUAUAAUAGGAUUCUUGUUAUGCA